CAAAAAUUUGAUUCAUUUCAAGGAACGAUUCUUGAGACAGGCUGAAGUCCUGCAAGAUCUAUAUGUCGUUGCCUGGUUCCGAAAUUUUGCAGUCAAGACGAAAGCGUAUGCUGCUAUUGCUAGCACCGAUACUACUGCUAAAGACAAGUUCAAGGAUGAUAUCUUUGAAGCCGUUCUUGCAACAGGAUUCCUGUGCAGCCAACUGUGA